AGCGAGGGGAUGCAGGGUGGGGAGAGAGAGGGUGUCCCGUCUGCAGACAAGCAGAGAGCAGCUGCAGCCUUCACUUGGCGGAGGAUUUUCACCGCAUUGCGAAUUUAAAGGAUAGGGAAACACUUUUUUUUCCUCCUUAAAGCGAGUCUCGACUCACCUCUAAAACCAAGAAAAAAAAGACCAAAAAAAACCACCCAUAUUGUCCAAAGAUGGUCGACCGUGAGCAGCUGGUGCAGAAAGCCAGGCUGGCCGAGCAGGCUGAGAGAUAUGACGACAUGGCAGCCGCUAUGAAAUCGGUCACAGAGCUGAACGAGGCCCUGUCUAACGAGGAAAGGAACCUCCUGUCGGUGGCCUACAAGAACGUGGUGGGCGCCCGCCGCUCCUCCUGGCGCGUCAUCUCCAGCAUCGAGCAGAAGACGUCGGCCGACGGCAACGAGAAGAAGAUCGAGAUGGUGCGCGCCUACCGAGAGAAGAUCGAGAAGGAGCUGGAGGCGGUGUGCCAAGACGUGCUCAACCUGCUGGACAACUUCCUGAUCAAGAACUGCAGCGAGACGCAGCACGAAAGCAAAGUCUUCUACCUGAAGAUGAAGGGCGACUACUACCGCUACCUGGCCGAGGUGGCCACGGGCGAGAAGCGCGCCACGGUGGUGGAAUCAUCGGAGAAGGCCUACAACGAGGCGCACGAGAUCAGCAAGGAGCACAUGCAGCCCACCCACCCCAUCCGCCUGGGCCUGGCGCUCAACUACUCUGUCUUUUACUACGAGAUCCAGAACGCGCCCGAGCAGGCCUGCCACCUGGCCAAGACCGCCUUCGAUGACGCCAUCGCUGAGCUGGACACCCUCAACGAGGACUCCUACAAAGACUCCACGCUCAUCAUGCAGCUGCUGCGAGACAACUUGACACUGUGGACAAGUGACCAGCAGGACGACGAGGGGGGGGAGGGCACCAACUAAACAGGGGGAAAAAGGAAAAAAAGGGGGCCUCUCCCGACUAGAGAAAAUGAAAAAGAGUAAUUGCGAAAAGGCCGGUGGACUUUGGCAGCCGCUUUUGCCGCCGACACUAUCGCGGCAGCAGUUCUUUAUUUUUCCAUGUGUUAGAAGAAAAGAAUGAAAAAGAGGUGAGAGCUUAGGUUCAAUAUAUAGAAAUAUCUAUACGGUCGAAAGGGCCUCCUUCUUGGUCUUGUUGAUUUUCUCUUUGACAUUUGCGCCACUGAUACGUUGUCAGCCAAUCGGGCUCGAGCGGUCGUCGACGUUGUUGGGUCGAGACGGCCACCACGCGCCGGCACCAGAACUGGUCUCUCGAGACAAGCUGCUUAUUAUGAUUUUAUUUUUUAAUUAAUUCUAUUUAUUUUUGACGUGAUAGCGCGGCAUUCUCCAGGGGGAACGUGCGUCACUGCUUGGUUCCAGGAAGUAGUCCAAACCCAGGAAGUCUGACUAAUUUCUAAUGAAUUGGCCAUCAUUUGGAAUGAUGCAUUGAAUUGUUGAAAAAGAAUCGAAUAAAAAAAAAUAAAAAAUAGCACACACUUUUGGCGGCGAAGCAACAAAAAAGAGAAAAAAAAAAAAAGAAUGAGCAACUUCAGCGUUUGUGGUUUAUUCCUGUAUUUGUUUUAAUUGAAUGCACUUGCCUACUAUACUGUUUCUUCAGUGUACGAUGAUGACAAACCAUAAUAAUAUUCAAUAUUGUGCAUGCUGGUGAUGUAUUUAUAUACAGUAGCUUGACUUUAUUAACUUAUACUGUGGGUGUUGAGUAUUCAUAUGAUUGAGAAAAAUGACGCAAGCCUUCUAAUUUAUUUCUUUGUUUUUUUAAUAAUGAUUUGCUCUACCGAAAUGGUGAUCGUAAAAAAUAUAUAUAUAUUACAAAAAAAAAAAAUGGAUCUGUACUGAGCGUUGCUUUAGUGACAUGCAGUAUGUGUAUUUAAUUUGUUAAUGACAGAACAAAAUAAGUGAAAGAGAAAAAAAAGGACGCUAAAACCUCACCAGUGCUCACUCUUAUCUUGGCUUAGCUGGUGUUUGUCACAUGAAAUUAUGAAUUAUGACACAUCAGUGUUCUUUUCUCUUGUCAUGCUAUCUGGUUUGAUUCAUGGUGACCUUUGACCCUGCCGACUUGUGUUUCUGAUCACGACAUGGACCAUGUUUGUUUGUUUUGAUACCUUCUCGCUGUUCCUGAGUGACACAAAUAUAUUGAAUGUGAGUCAUUAUGUAGCAGUUGCACAAGAAACUAAACUAAUAGCUAUGAUAAAUAAAAAAAAGAUUAUGACUGAAUGAUCAA